AUCGGUAUGUGCUUUAAUCGCGAAAAUAAAGGGUCACAGGUACUCGAUCACUCGUGAAAGGAAAGUGAGGUUAGUUUUUUAUUCUUUGGAGAGCCUGUCCAGGACAAAGGAUGGCACAGUCUCUGUUCGAUGCACUGACAGGGGUCUCGCUGGACAGCUCGGCUGUGCAGUCUCUUCUGGAGUCUCAGACGCUCAUAACAGAGGUCGAACACUCAGCAAUCGAUCAGGACGACGACGACAUCUUCCAAUGUGGCAAAUGCAAGUGUCAAUUCACCUCCCUCCACUUGUUUCUCCUCCACAAACGAGAGCACCUGAAGCCACCAGAGCAAACAGUGGACCUCUCUCAGUACCUGGUCCCAAACGAUGUCGAGACGGCCCCACACCCAGAGGAUCCCUGCCAACAGUCCCAGUACAACCCCGAGGAGACCUUCAUCCAAACAGAUCAGCUGACAGAGCCAAUAAUCCUCGAAGAAACAGACAUGCUCUUCAGCAUGGAUCAGGAGGGCGCCUACCUCACCUCGGACACUGGCUUCGGUGUUCCGAUAAUCCUCUCAGCCGAUAACCUGGAGACUUUCCACCAAAAUACAUCUGACAAUCUUCUGAAGGACGAGCAAAUGCUGACCGAAGCAACAGCGCUCAACAAUCUCAAUCAAAUGGAACCGGAGGCUGUGCCAACGGAGGCUCCAGUGGAUCCUCAACUGGAACAAAAUGAAGUACUGGAGGACUCUGAGAAUCCUUCGACUUCACCCCAAAACUUCAAGUACAAAUGCAAUUAUUGUAAUAAGCAAUUUGCCAAGAAAUUCUACUGGCAGCAGCAUGAACGCUCCCACACAGGGGAGAAACCGUAUCAAUGUGUCGUUUGUGGUCGAGCAUUUGCUCAGAAAUCCAAUGUCAAGAAGCACAUGUCAUCGCACAAAGUGUGGCCAGGUACAGCAAUCCACUCACUUCCCCCAGAAGCCCCCCCAGAUGGCAACAUAGACCGCACCUACCACUGUCAAUUCUGCAAAGAGAUAUUCGACUCGUAUAAGGCCUUGAAGGCCCACCUGAUUGUCUCCCACAUGACCUUGAAGGUCUACAAGUGCGUCCAGAGCUCCUGCAGCAUGAUGUUCGCCGAGCUCGACGAUUUUCUCGAGCACACGCGCAACCACAAGAGAUCCGAGUACAGAUGUCACGUAUGCGGUGAAGUAUUCCUCACCCUGAGCGAUCUGGGUCUCCAUCAGUACGUCCACUCCGUCCAGAAGCAGAAGACCACCGAGAAAUAUUACUGCUGCACCAUCUGCAAGAGUUCCUUCUCGAAUUUGGAGGCUCUACAACAUCACACUGAGACAACGACCCACGAUUACGCCUGUCCCCACUGUGGUAAGAGCUUUCUCAUCGAGAGAUUCCUCAGGAGGCACCUGAAGACACACGUCUCAUCAGCAAGAUUCGCCUGCGAGGACUGUGGAAAGGCUUUCAAGACAGAGCAGUACCUGGCCAACCACAAACUAAUUCACAGUGAGGAGACACCUUACAGCUGCAGCCAGUGCCCAGCCAGGUUCAAGAGGAAGGACCGACUUGGCAGGCACAUGCUCAUCCACGAUCUCACGAAGAGGCUCAAGUGCCCCUUCAGGGGAUACCUGGGCUGCAUGAGCGAGUUCUCCAGGCCUGAUAAACUCAAGAGGCACCUGCUCACUCACAGCAACAUCAAGAGGUUCAGCUGUGGCCACUGCAACAGGAAUUUUCCAAGGGCUCAGGCCCUCAAGCAUCAUGAGAUCAGUAAACACAGUCUCAAGUGUGACAGCUGCUCUCAUACGUUCAAGUGCAAGGAUCAGCUGAUAACUCACAAUUGCGAUCAGAAUGGAGAGACGAAGAAGCACUCGACCUCGCAAUUACCAAAAAAGGCGUCGGGGACAUUCAAGCCACGAAAGCCAACGCCAAAGAGGCAACUGCCACAGAAAAGUAAUGCUCCUAUCGGGGAUAAGGACAAGGUGAAGGCUGACGAAUUGGACAGGAGAAUUUCAUCACCAGAAUCACUGAGAUUAAGUUAUACUGACGAGGCGUCCAGUAGUGUUCGAGCCAUAUCCGAGAAUUACUCCAUCACGAGGGAAAUAGGAUCAACGAUCGAAGCAUUAAUGCAGUCGGACUGCCCUGAGGUGCAUAUCAGAUCGGACAUUGAUUUCCAGCCGAUGGGACAGCAUUCGAGGGUCGAGUAGAGUGAGAUUUUUAUCAACUUAUGCCCAACGCAAAUGCAAUCAAAAGAAAGGGGAUAAUAGAUCGCAACGUGAAAUUUUUGUAAAUCAUGGGCGAUUAUUGUUUCUCCUUCGAUACUUUUGGAUAUAUUUUUUAAAUAGUAUUUGACCACUCGUUUUUAAUUAGUCCUUAGUACACAGUUGCCAUAGCACGUGCAAUGAGAUAUGAGUAAUUGUAUCGAUGUUUUAAGUAUCAUUGAUGAUGCAUUUUUUGUGCCCAAUGCAUUUUACCAAUUUUUUUAGGUGAACAUAGGUAUUAAUGAUUUUUUGUAGCUUACAUAUCUGUGAUAUUUGUAUUAUAAAUGUAAACGUAACUUAUAAAUAUUUCUUUAAGAGUCUAAACCGGUCUUUUUAUUCGGUGAUUUCAUUCAAUUUAAUUCAAAUUCU